GGCGUUUGUUAUUCCCUCCCUGCAAGCCAUCUGGACAACUUAUUCUACCCACACCAAAUAGAACCAGAUCAGACUGAACUAUCCGUGAUUUUGUAUCAAUCUGGAGACGAUCAUCAACUAUGGACUUCGAACUCCAAAACCAAGCGAAAGUGGCAACUUCAGUGGCUUCAUUGGUCAGAAGGGACCCAGAACUUACCAGAGAUGAGAGAGAUCUGAUGAGGCUAGGCAAAAAGCCGGUGUUAAAGCGCAACUUUGGGUUUAUGUCAGUUCUUGGGUUCUCGUGCACAGUUCUCAUAACAUGGGAAGGAAUGUUGAUAGUCUCAACUCAGAGCCUCGUGAACGGCGGCCCAGCAGGUGUAAUUUGGGGCUACCUUAUUGUAUGGAUUGGCACCAUCUCAGUGUUUGCCGUCUUGUCAGAACUAGCAUCGAUGGCACCAACAGCUGGUGGUCAGUACCACUGGGUUGCUAUGUUGGCCCCUGAGUCCAGCAGACGUUUCUUGAGCUAUAUUACUGGAUGGGUGACAUUUGCCGGCUGGCAAGCCGUCACGGCUUCGGCGGCGUAUUUGAUAGGAACUUUUCUACAGAGUGUUAUUAUUCUGGCUAAGCCCGAUUACAACCCUCAACCAUGGCAAGCUAUGCUCUUCCUCUGGAUAGUUUUAGCAUUUGCAGUAUUCAUCAACACUGUUGCCAGCAAAACUCUUGCUCCCUUUGAAGGGUUAAUAUUGAUCCUUCACAUUUUAGGUUUUCUCGGCAUCUUGAUUCCUUUAGUUUAUGUCGCCCCCCAUGGCGAUGCGUCCAUAUUCACGACAUUCGUCAACGAGGGUGGAUGGCCCACACAGGGACUCUCAUUCAUGGUUGGGCUACCCAGUGCUGUAUUCUCUUUGAUCGGUGCUGAUUCGGCUGUGCACAUGGCCGAGGAAAUUAAAAAUGCAUCUACCGUAGUACCACACGCUAUCUUGAUUACUAUCGUACUCAAUGGCGUUUUGGGGUUCGCAAUGUUGCUUGCUUAUCUUUUCUGCCUCGGAGACCUGGACGCGGUCCUGGAAUCUCAAAACACUUUGGGAUACCCAUUUUUGUUUGUGUUCCAGACGGGAACUCAGUCGAUCCCUGGAGCUGUUGUGAUGGGUCUAGUCGUUGUGGCUCUUGGUAUCUGUAGCACGGUCGGCGUUUUAGCAUCGUCAUCUAGAAUGCUGUGGUCCUUUUCACGGGAUCGAGGAAUUCCCUUGUGGACACACUUCAUCAAGCUUGACCAGCGUACCUCCAUCCCUAUCUACACUAUCAGCUUUACAAUCACCGUCUCCGUACUACUUUCUCUCAUCAUUCUCGGUUCAAGUAUUGCGUUCAGCAACAUCGUUAACUUGAGCGUUGUUGGACUCUAUUCUUCUUACCUGCUCAGCUGUAGCCUACUCCUUUGGCGUCGUCUUCAACAUCAAGGCAUCAAGGCACAUGACUCUGAUAGCUAUGGGAAUAUCCAGUGGGGCCCUUGGCGUAUACCUGGAGUGUUGGGUGUGAUCAACAACGCGUUUGCUUGUCUGUAUCUGUUCGUUCUUUGGUUCUGGGCAUUUUGGCCCCGGCUACUCCAGUAGUUGCAGCGAACAUGAACUUCAGUGUUCUUUUGGGUUUACCAUUUUGUUCGCGAUUUUUUGGUAUUUCAUCCGGGGGAAAUAUGAAUAUCGCGGGCCGGUCGUUGAGGUGGAGUUUUCGUAAAAGUGCAGAGGUGGCGCUGUUGGACCGCUAAUCUUCAGACGCAAUGGGGAAUAGACACACUACUAUGCAUUUUAUAAGAUCCAAUAAGAAGGCUUACAAGAGUCUGCUCAUAUUACGUAUAGAACUUCAAUACCAUAAACAUCGGG